AUGGCCCCCGUAUCAGCAAUGGCGCCCGCUGGCGCUCAAUCUACAACUCUUUCAAGUGCUGGCAAACCUCUGAAACGCGGCAUGAGCUUAAGGAGAGCUUCUACCCAGUGCCGGCCACGAAACCAGCAGCAGCAGCUUCCCUCUCAGUUCUUGCAGCCCAUGCAAGGGCAACUGGACGGAGAUGAAGACGAGGACACGAUAAUCUCUUGUCAUCCCAGCUUUCAGACACAUCGACAUCGAGAUCGCCAGAGCCACUACAUUGAUCCGCGACAGCAGAUGCUGCACCUGCCAGACUCACAACGGCCCGCGUCUUCCCGUAGCCAUAUGCGAGACUGGAAUCGCCAGAGAGAACGCAGCCGAAGCCCUUCGUCUUCUAAGAAGCUGCCGUCACCCGACAGUUUGUUGCAACAGCCCCAGUCCGAAUACUACAGCAGUCUGCCGUCGUCCACGAGCUUGACGAGUGAAGAGUUCGAAGCACUGCCGCCUACAGUUCGAAGAAAACGUUUCAUGCGUUGUCUGUCUUGGAUGAUGGAGUUGGCCAUUGCAAUGCUAGCCAAUUGGGUGUAUCGCACAUACGGUUCCCUGGUCGACGGAAAGCACGACAAGUGUCGGAAUAGCUCUGUCUCGCGUCUCAAGGGAUCACCAGCGACAGCAGAUCUUGCUCCCAGUCUUGCUCCCGAUGCCUCACUCUCUGUCUGUUACCGUCUUGUUCCCUUCACAACUGUGGGAUUUAGCCUGGACGGCGAGAUGCGAUGCCAUGCAAUGCAAUGCAAUGCAAUGCACCUCCGUCUUGCACUCACUAAUUCCGAUGACAAGCCAAUGGCGCCGGAACGGCUGAAUCCGUCCCUGGCAUCCCAGCACACUAGUGUCAUGGCGCUUGUAGGCCGUCUGCGCCAUUCGACAUCGACUUUCGCAAGCGAAGAAGAUAUCUGGCAGCCAGGAUCCAAGUUCGAACUUGCUUCCGAUUCCUCCAUCUCUGGAUCACAUCAACAACCGCGCGUUCGAUCGAGCUCCGCUCACCUAUACCCAUACCAGGCUGAUACGCUGCACGGACGACCAGCGGAUAACGGAGAAAGACGAUCGAAUACAGCUAAUUCACACCAUAAGAGCAUCAUACUGGAUGCUACCGACGAGGCGUUUGUCAAGAUAAAUAAACGCCAUACACAAGUCCCCAAACUAAGCAGCCAUCUGAACGAACCCUUUUAUCACGAGUUCCAUUCCACCAUGAGUAGCUCGCCCAACGACGAAUUUACACAGGCUCUGGCCGCCGAGGCCUCACCGGAUUCGAUCAUCGAGAGUUUCCGAUGGCUUGAUGAGAGUGAUGACUUGGAUCUUCGUCUGGAUGACUACCAGUCGAGCCCCAAACAAGGAAAGAAGAAGCGAAUGCCUUUCCCUCGCCAUCUAUCGAUAUCAAAGCUGUCUUUUGGACGUCCAUCUUCGCAAUUGAGUCGUCCAGCAACCAAGGGAUCCGUGGCCUCUCCCGCAUUGAGCGAGCAAUUUGUGGUACCUUCUUUACCAAGCCCCUCUGGCCACUUCCGUCGAAGAUCCAGAGCCUUGUCUCUAAUGUCACCAAACAAGGGUCAAAUGCCUGAUGACUACGGCGUCGUUGACUCGGCUCCAUCUCACUAUCAGGACCCCGAAGCUCGCAUGAAGCUUCGUGUAUACCUUGCGUCUCCGCACAAGUUUGAUGAGGCUGUCGAAUUUGGGUUCCCAUCUCUCUACGACACACAGGGCAGGGAAACCUCUCAGAUUCGAUCGUGGUCACGCCAAGAGUCCUAUGACAAGAUUCAUAGCUCAACUGGUGAUGACGCGGAGUCCCUCAUCAGUGAUCCCACAUCACCCGUUGAAACAGUCUCUCCGAGAACGCCAGAGAGCUUGGAUCAUCCGCCUGCUGAGCAUUCGCCGCGACUGCCCCAUGAAGGAGCCUGGCCUUCCAAGGUGGACUACGCCCAAGCGCCAGCAUCAUCCCGCGAGAUGACACUACGGAUGACGCUGACACGGCCUGAUCUUCGAGCCGACGAAGAGCAAAUGUAUGGCUGGCAAAAACCAUCGUCAUCCAAGGGGCAAGCACAUGACGGAUCUGCUCAGCCAAGAUCAUACUCUCAAGCUUCCAACCCCAAAGACAAUAUUGAAAGGCAAUUCGCCAUUAUGGACCAAGAAGCUGCCAGCAGCGAUAACAACAUGGUAAAACGCUUCUGGAACCGAGUCCGCCGUUCAUGA